AUGGCACCCCGUUGCGUUUUCCUUUUCGUUGUUGUUGCACUGGUUACGGCCUCGGACGUUUCCUCUAUCUAUGGGGCCGACAAGCCAGCGCCGGACAACUGCACAAACGCUGCUUGCGCCCAAGCGGACGCCGCGUAUAUCAUCUAUUUUCCGAAUUUAGCGAGUUGCACCUGUCUGUAUGAUUUAACGCAAUGGAAAGACUUGGUCAAGGACAAUCAGACCAUCUGUCCAAGCGAGGAAGCGAAAUUAAAAUAUGCUCCACAGACUUAUCAAGCAAUUGUGGAGCUGUGGCCUCUGAAAGGG